AUGCCGUGGUUGCUCAAUCUUCUAUUUUUCUUGGGAAUCUUAUGGUCAUAUCAACAUUUUCCAUUAGUUAAUGCUGAUUAUCUGUCAUCAUUUGGUAUCAAACGUUAUAGUGUUAUUCGUGCUAUUCAUGAUGAAACAACAACAAAUAUUCAUCGGCGAAAACGUUCAAUUAUUAAAAAUAAUCCUGAUCGUAUUCUUACACUUGAAUUAGAUCAUAAAAAUAUAACUUUAAUUUUAAAAAAUACGAAUGAAUUUUUUGCUAUCGAUGCUGAUAUUCAUCUUGGUUCAUCGUCUUUUUUUCGAAUAAAUUCUUCUAUUCUUUUUGAUGGUUAUGUCUUAGAUCAUCCUGAUACAUCUUAUGUUAGUGGUGGAUUCUAUUCAAAUUGGUUUGAUGGUACAAUUAAAAUGUCAAAUGAAACUUGGCAUAUUGAACCAACACGUAAAUAUGGUUUAAAUUUAGUUAAUAUGGGUCCAUCAAUAAUAUACAAUGCACUUGAUAUUGAUAUGACAAAAUUGAAUAGUAAUAAUGCAUUUCGAUCUAAACGAUUUGUAAUUAAUGAAAAUGAUGAAUCAUUAUCUUUUUGUGGACUUAAUAAGAAUGAUAAUCGAGAAAAUAUGAAAAAACAAACAAAACGAUUAAUAAAUGAUAAAUAUGAAAAUUUAAAUUUUAAAUCUCGUUAUACAAGAUCAAAACGACAGACAAUAAAUAAAAAUGAACGAGAACGUACUUGUUGUUAUAUUUAUAUACGUGUUGAUCCAACAUUAUGGGAUGUUGUUUAUAAAAAUGAAGGUCUUAAUGAAAAAGAACCAACUAUUCAUGCAAUUGUUACAUUUCUUUAUCGAACAGUAACAGCAGCAAAUGCUAUUUAUCGUUCAUUACAAUUUGAAUCAAAUGGUGAUGUUCUACAUAGAUUUACAUUAAGAAUUAAACGAAUUCGAAUUUUAACACCUGAUGAUUGUGGACAAAAAAAUUUAAGUUUAAGUGAAACAAAUAUUUGUCGUUCAUUUCUUGAUUCAAAUGUUUUAUUAACAUGGCAUUCAGCUGAAAAUUUUGCUGAUUAUUGUCUAGCAUAUAUAUUUGCUGCACGAGAUUUUGGUGAUGGAACAUUAGGUUUAGCAUGGAUGGGAAGUGUUGCAUCAAAUAGUCGCGGUGGUAUUUGUGAAAAACCAGCAAACGAUGUUUAUGAAGGACAACGUGUUAUGAAAACACUGAAUACUGGAAUGAUAACUGUUAUCAAUCAUAAUACACGUACAUCAUCAUUGAUGACAGAAUUAACAUUUGCUCAUGAAGUUGGACAUAAUUUAGGUGCUGAGCAUGAUGAUGAAAAAUGUGGUGGUGAUGCAACUUAUGGUCAUUAUAUAAUGUAUCGACGAGCAACAACAGGUCUUGAAGAAAAUAAUAAUAAAUUUUCUAAAUGUAGUAUGGAAAAAAUGGGACCAGUUGUUAUUUCAAUUAAAAAUGAACUUGCUGGAAAAAUAAAUUGUUUAACAGAAUGUUCACAAGUUGGAUAUUGUGGAAAUCGAAAUGUUGAAGAUGAUGAAGAAUGUGAUUGUGGUUUUAUAUCGGAAUGUACAGAUGAUUGUUGUUAUCCAGCUGGUGGUUCUGAUGCUAAAUUAGGUUGUAAAUUAAAACCAGGUGCUCGUUGCAGUCCAUCUAAAGGUCCAUGUUGCUCCGACCAAUGUACAUUCCAUUCAACUUCUCAUAUAUGCCAUAAAGAUAAGGCUAGUCAAGAUUGUAUUGGAGAUGUUCGAUGCGAUGGUAUUCAAGCAACAUGUCCUCUUAAUGAUACACAAUUCUUUAAACCAGUUGAUACAUUAUGUAAUCAAAAUACUCAAUUAUGUGAUCGAGGGGAAUGUAAUAAAAGUAUAUGUACAUUAAUAAAUAAAACUGAAUGUAUAUUAACAAUACCGAAUGUUGAAGAUCCAUUAAGACAACGAGAUAUUGAUCGAGAAUAUUUAUGUCAUAUUGGAUGUUUUGAUACUCGAACAAAUUCAUGUGUUGAUACACUUGCUCUUCGUAUGCCGAAUAAUCAUAGUAUGAGUGGAUUUGGUUAUAAACAUCGACCUGGUCAUGCUUGUUCUGGAACAGCUGGUUAUUGUGAUGUAUUUGGUAAAUGUCGUGCUGUUGAUGCUGAAGGUCCUUUAACACGAUUAAAAAAUAUGUUACUUAAUGAAGAAAAUAUUCGUACACUUACUCAACUUACUCAGGAAUAUUGGUGGGCUUUUGUAUUGGGUCUAUUAGGCCUUAUUGGUUUUAUGAGUAUUUUUGUAAAAAUUUGUUCUGUUCAUACUCCUUCAUCAAAUCCACGUUUAAAACCAGCUCGAACACUUUCACUUAAACGUGGUUGUCAUGGUCCUCGACCACAUGGUAUGCAUCAUACUCGUCAACCGCCAACUUCAUCAGCAUUAUCUGGUAGUGAACUUACUUCUUUACAACAACAACAACAACCACCUAAAGUGUUUGUACGUGGAUCAGAUAAACAACAGAAUAAAAUUAAAUCUUCUCGUCUUUAA